UUUCAGGAUAAAUAGAAAGACAGUGCAUUCCAGACUAACCUCGUGCUUGUUAAAAAUCAUAACGAAUAAAGGAAAAUUUGAAUACGAAUGGUCAACGAUAAGCCAAAUUAGUCCACUAAAUUUUUUUGGAUGUAACACGAAAAGUUAAGAUAUUUCUUGCGCCGGAAACAUAAAAAGGACUAUAAGAAUAUCUUGUCUACACGAAGAAAAAUUUCAAAUUUGGAUCAUCCUACAACAUAUGAGCAGAAUUUCAACUGUUAAUGUUUUUCAAUCAUGAAAAUUUUACUACCAGCAUUUAAAUUAUAGAAGCAUAAUUUAAUAUUUUGAAAAUAUCCCUUGUUCAAUAUGUGCAGCCUUUGUUGUGAUGCUGGCCGGAGAGAGGGGAUCGUGAAAAUGAACCUGUCGUCUACAAACUAAGAAGUGAUCGAUUUGAAAAAAUACUGUCAGUGAAAAACUAUUCACAAAUGUCGUUUACGAAAUAAUCACUCAUUUGUGGAACCCAACGAUGAAAUUGGUGUUAUAAUUCAAUUCUUUUUUCAAAACUUUUCCAUUGUUUGCAAUUUGAUCGGAAAUAAUCUGUGAAUCAAAAUGAUUUAAUAAUUAACUUAGAUGACAGGAAAUUAUUGUACCGCACGUGAAUUGACAAAUAAAUAUUAAUGAACCUAUUAGUGACUUUUCCAGGUACAGAAAAUUUUUGUAUAUUUCGUGAAGCUGAAAAAUUACAAUAAAACUUUUUGACAGACACAUGCAAAAAAACUUAGAGAUUCCUGAAGCAGGAAAACAAUUCUGGAGAUCACUGAAGUCGAACUAUAUUUCUUAGCUGCGUCUGGGACGCUUCUAUACAUGAUGUGUCGGGGCAGUUGUUUGCCCGUAUUUCCGGUGGUCAACACGGGGUUCCGGCGGCUUUUCCUCCACACGCUCCUACUCUGCUGCGUCGGCGCCCACGGCAUCCCGGAGCUGCUGUCUCCCCGGCCGAUAUCGACGCAACUGCCACGUAUUUUCGGCGGUCCUCGCGAGUUCUCGACGACGGUCACUGCACCACCGGUCUUCCAGCAAGAGAACAACACGGAACUGCACUCACAGGUCGGCACCACUGCAGUCCUGCACUGCACCACUGAGCACGUCGGCGAGAACACAGUAUCUUGGGUCCGGCGUCGGGACUAUCAUCUGCUGACAGUGGGCCCUGUGGCAUACAGCAGCGACCAGCGCUUCAGUGUCAGAUACAUCAAGAGCGAGAAGGACUGGCAGUUGCACAUCCGCUACGUCCAGAAGAGGGACGAAGGCGUCUACGAAUGUCAGAUCGCCACGCAUCCUCCCAUCAGUUUGUUGUCGACGCUCCACGUCGUGGAAGCUACGUCUGAAAUUCUCGGGGGUCCGGAGAAAUACAUGACAAUGGGCAGCUCGCUGCGACUCGUUUGCGUUCUUCGUAAGAAUACGCAGCCUCCAACUUACGUCUUCUGGUACCAUAACGACAGGAUGAUCAACUACGAUACCAAGGUGAAGGUUGACACUGGUGGGGAGGUGAGCGUGCUAUUCCUAGGGGAGGUCGGUCCACAGUCCACAGGCAACUACAGCUGCGUGCCAUCGAACGCUCAGUCCUCACACAUACUCGUGCAUGUCCUGAGAGGUGGCGAGACCCCUGCAGCGAUCCAUUCAGGCUCAUCAUCAGCAACGUUGCGUUCUAUUGGCCAUGCUCACCCAUUCCUAUUCUUAGCAGCUAGCCUGGAAUAUCUAGGAAACCAUUGCAAGAAAACACCACAAAGGUUCCAAGACCGCGACCAAAUUGGAUCGUCGGACGACGUUCUUAUCCGGACUGAGACUCGGACAACAGCCAGCGAUCUCAGUGACCGCGCGACGACGUACAACAGACGUGUCAAUUUCCGUGAUUGCGAAGACAUCAAAUAUAUUCUACCUGUCCUCGAUGUGCUUGAAUGGCAACAAUUUUCCAAAUAUUGCGAUCGUGAUGUAAUGGAUUCAGUUAUUGCUGGUUUGAAAUUGGUAUUUAUUAGCGCAGUUCGAAUUAUUGUGGGCAUAAGUAUUCCUUUAGCUUGUAUUGCACUGCAGAAUUUUAACACAAAAGCUUUUCUCACGCAAGCAAACUUAAAACUUCCGAGCUUGAAGCGCAAAGACAAUGAACUGCUGUUAAAAAAUCGUCCAUGCUGCGACAAACAUGUCGCAAAGGAAGGGAAUUCUACGAGUUUCAAUUCUGAUCGAAAAUCACAAGACCUAUGGAAAGGAACUCACAAUUUAGAUCCUGGUAAGAGCUUUAUGAUUACAGAACAUGCGUGUGACGAUCUUAUCAUGACGGCUGCUAUGUCAGGAGAUCUCAAUCAAACAUCAAAGAAUUAUUUCUCAUUUACCUCCUACGUCACGACGAUAAUUACUUCGAGCCACAGGAAAAAAAGUCGUUAAAUAGAUGCGCUUUUCGUUGCAUAUCUAGUCAAGAUGAUAUAGCAUAGAGAGAGCGUGAGUUUCAUUAAGUGUGUCUAAUAUAUAACAGAUCAAGGUAAUCAUUCGUUCUCUUUAAUUUCGCAUAUACGCAAAAAUUUUGAAAAUAAUUUUCAAAUCUAAUAUGAUUAUUUCAAACACAACCUUCUAGGCUUAAAAAAUAUAAUUUCUCCGGUAAGAAAAGCCAUUUUAAGAAAUGAAUUCAUUUUCUAUCGAAAUAAUAAUCAUCUUCAGAGUCCUUCGGAAAUGGCCGCCAUAAGAUGAUUGACAAUCACGUUUAUACGAGAUAAUGAAUGUGUUUUAUUUAGUCGCUUUAAUUUCUCCGAUAUUCUUAUCAAAUUUCCUUCGAAACUUUGUGAGCUUGGCGGUCAAAAUCUGCACUGAUCAUUUAACGGGUAAAACGUUUACCGGGAAACGUUUAUUUUACGGAAAUUUUUUUUUCUCAUUCUAAUAAGUCGAUUUGGUGUUAUGGGUAAGCAAUGAUUAUGCUCGUAAUUUGAUGUUAUUUAAGGUUAAAUAAAAUAUCUUGAUUGGAAGAUCGUUCAGACCUUUUUGUAUGCCUAAACAUUUUUGUUUCGUCCUACAAGCUUUUUCCAUUACCAACCUGUCAUGUAAAUAUUAUCUGUAAAUAUCAAGCGCAGCCUAAAUGCUGCAGAGAGUGUGUUGUAAAAGUUUCAAUUGCCUCAUUUCAUUAAAAUAAUUCGAUUGUAUAAGCCAAUUUUUCAGGUAAAAUUUGAUAAAUUAAUAUAAAUAAAUUAUAUUUGGUUUUGAUAAUCAGUAGUUUCAGUUAAAUUGUUAAUUCAUAUCCCACUUCCAAGAUGUUCGUGAUUUGCAUCAUUGUAUAGCAAUUAUAGCGUGUUAAACUGGGACAAAAAUUACCCCAGAUGUGAGCUUUAAGUGACGACGUCGUCUUAGAUGUUACUUGUACAUUCAAAAUAAUCGUCAGAAA